UGGCAAUUGUUGUGUGAGUUAUAGUGUUAUUAAAAACAUUGUUUUCAAUCGAUAUGAAUAUUAAUGAUAUUUAUUAAUAAUAUAUAAUAUUAACAAUUGAUUGCAAUUAAUGGUCAAAAUUGAAUGCAUUUGUAAUCAAUGAACGCCAGAAGCAAUACGUUUGAGUUUAACUGUUUGGGCUCUGAAGUCAAUGAAAUAGUUUCGGCGAUCUUUCACUCGAUUGUCUUCUAUAGAUGUUAUGGCAAAUUUCAAUACAAACACGAAGACUCGUAUUCAAUCGGAACUCUUGGUUACGAAGAGAUUGACUGUGAUUUCAUAGAUUUUACUUAUAUCCGAAUAUCUUCACCACAACUCAUUCAGAAUAUUAAUAAAGCCAUCAAAGAGUUUGUCGAUGAGUUAAGACAAGACAAUAGUCAGACUAACGGUGCGAUCACUUUAAAGUUUUUCUCCCGAAGACGUGGUCGCUGGCCAUUCACUGACGCACCACUUGUUUGGGAGAUUUGGACCGUUAAAGUCAACUGUGAUAGGGAUAGGGAUAGAGAUAAGGAUUCAAAAGAGUGUCAAAGAGAUCGCAUUGAAGACCUAUUACUUGAAAAAUUGAUAUCAAUUAUACAGAUAAUGAAUAGCAGUAAAUCAUAUUUACCGCAAAUGCCUAAUCAACAAAACUCUGACACUAUUUUUGAGACUAAUUAUAGCGAUGUUCAGCCAUACAUAUUUCAAAUAUCGCAUACAAUGGGCGCAGCAGCUAAUCCUCAAUUAAUGGCAACUCAAGGAACUGAUGAAAAUGUUAUUAAGAAAUUUAUCAAAGAAAUUAUUAAUUAGGAUUAAAAAAUUAAUUUUAAUUAAGAUUUUAUAAUGAAAUAAACAACAAAAAAGUUUUAAUAUAAUGAAAUAAAAAUUAAAUGUUUAUAUUUAUUGCA